AUGGAAGGAAAAGCCCCACCUAUCUCUUCAAGCUUCUCUUUGUCUCCCCCCUGCAGGCUGAACACAGUUUUGUUCAAAGGCCUGGAAUCCACAAAAUGUAACAACACAUGGAAUGAGACCCAUCUUGUGGGUGACUUCUCCUCCUCGGCCCAGUUCUUUGUCACCUUCGCUGUUUUCGUCUUCCUCUACUGCAUGGUGGCGCUCGUGCUGUACGUGGGGUACCUGCACCUUUACCGCGGUGCGGGCAAGCUGCCCAUGGUGGACUUUGUGAUCACCGUGGUGGUUGCGUUUCUCUGGCUGGUCAGCACUUCGGCUUGGGCCAAAGCCUUGACUGACAUCAAAACAUCCACUGGGCCUGAUACCAUAUUGGGUAUAAAGUUCUGUGGCAUGCCGGGACAUUCCUGCGUGUUCGGUGGAGUCAGCAGCAUGGGGUCGCUCAACGUGUCCGUGGUGAUCGGGUUCCUGAACCUCAUUCUCUGGGCUGGCGACGCUUGGUUUGUGUAUAAGGAAACCAACCUGCACAAUCCCCCGGAGGCCCCAGCGCCACCAGCAGGCAGCACUCCACGGGGGAUGUGAAUGGCCCCGCCGGGACGCACCAGCGCCACGCACGGCCCUUGGACAGCAACU